AGUUAAAGGGAGCUUACUGUGUAAAGACUGGGUGAUAAGCUUGCGGCGGUUACUUCCCUUGAUAAGAAAAGCGAAGGUUUCCGAAUGAUACAAAUUCAACUUCCUUUUCCGGUUUAGGUGAAAAACAUCAGCAAGAUGUUGAUGCCAAAGAAGAACAGAGUGUCUAUCUACGAGUACUUGUUCAAGGAGGGAGUUCUUGUAGCCAAGAAAGACUUCACAGCACCUAAACAUCCAGAAAUAGAUGUUCCAAACUUGCAUGUGAUUAAAGCUUUGACAUCUUUGAAGUCAAGGGGUUAUGUAACAGAACAGUUUGCAUGGAGACAUUUUUACUGGUACCUCACCAAUGAGGGUAUUCAGUAUCUACGUGACUUUCUCCAUCUGCCCGCAGAAAUUGUCCCAGCAACAUUGAAACGUCAAACCAGGCCAGAAACAGCCAGGCCAAGACCUAAAGAAUCCUAUGGUGGUGAGGGCCAAAGGUCCCAGGCUCAAGACAGACAGGAAUAUAGGCGUGCAGCAGGACCACCUGGUGGAGACAAGAAGGCUGAUGCUGGAGCUGGUGGUGGAGAAUUCAGCUUUAGAGGAGGUGCUGGAAGUGGCGCCCCAUCUCGAGGUGGAUUUGGCCGAGGCCGUGGAGGUGGUUUCGGAGCUCCUCCUGCUCCUGGUGGACAGUAAAAACAUUAAAUCUGUGUACAUAUAAAAAUGAAAAAAAUAAAGAGAAAAAUACCAAA